AAAAUAGAAAAGCCUUGUCACUUUUUUGACAGCAAGGGCAAAACAUAAAAUUGUUACUUUCAGUUUUUUACAUUUUUAUUAAUUCCAAAUUUACCGUUGUCAGUCCCGAAAAUGGAACGAAUUAUAUCAGAAAGUAUAUUUCUCCUGGAAUUCCUGAUCGACAAGUUACAAAUAAAAUCAUGUCCUGUGGACGGCCUAUGUGUUUGCAUGCAGUUCUUAGACAACGAUCCUUUAGAGAUAUGCGAGAGCGAUCUAUGCGAAACCCCCUUCGGUCCGAGUCCCGGUAAGGAAUUUUCGAAAACAGGAAAGUCCUGUCUAUUCUUUUUACGACCCGAUCAAUUAGAGGAAUGUUUAGAAACCUUCGAUCUCUUCGUUUGCAUAAUCAAAAAGUUACAACCGCAUUGUAAACCCGACAGACUCCAAAUAGGAUCGGCUGUGAUCUCCAUCGCCAAUAUGUUCAACGCGCUAGUGACUGAAGUGCAAAACAGCACCUGCCAGGGACCCAUAUCGAAAACUCUUUGCGACAAUUUCGAUAUCCAGGGAAUUCACGACGGAUCUGUCAUUGGAACGUUAGGGAUGUACAUAAGAAUGUCCUGUUUCGGUAAACUUAUUGUCACACAAUUCCAAAUGAACCUUCAAGAAAAGUCGGUUCUUUUUAAAGACAGAGAAGGCAAAUCAGUCUACAGAUACAAAAAACUGAAGAAACCAAAGAAAGAACCAGAACCGGACGAGGAUUUUUGCCAAAACAACUAUCCUAUGGGACCACCACCAAGUCCGCCCCAGUACAAUACAGGUUCGUACUACCCUUCGUAUGAUAAUGGUCCCCCCUGCGAUGAAGAACCCCAGGUGUUUUAUGACGAAUUAUCUGACGAUGAUCCAGAAGAUUUUAGGGAAUUCGGGGCUUGUAUAGGAGGCAAUGAACUCAUUAUCCGAAUCAUCGAUAACGAUGAGUGCGAUAAAGACAAGGAAAGUCCUUGUGAAGAUGACGGUGGUGGAGAUGCCGUGAAUCCUUGCGGAAUGCAAUACGAUCCUAGGAUGGGAAUGGCUCCAGGAGGAUAUCAACCAUCAGGAUAUGGAUAUCCUCCUGCGCCUCAGUACGGCUAUCAGGGAAUGGCGCAGUAUGGGAUGUCACCCGAAUGUGAAACUGACAUACCUCAAGAGAUUGACGAAUGUGCACCACCAGAGCCCGUCUGUCCCUGCACUCCCAAAGAAGACGAACCACCUUGCGGUCGUAAAACAUGCGAUGCUUAUAAGUCCAGGUUCGUAAAGAAGAAGAAGGGCAAGAAGAAACUGACGCCGGAAGAAUUGGAAGCCUUACGUAAAGCAGAGGAAGAAAAACGUAAAGCCGAAGAAGAAGCGCGCAAAGCGCUGCGCGAACUCCUCCGGUCUCAGGCAGGAGGAGCUUCCGUGGGUUUUAUGGAAAAAUCGCGAGGUCCGUACGGGUCAGAAGUCUGCGUGUGCUACAACACAUGCUCACAACCGGCAUCGAGUGUCUGUCCGACGAGCAAUACGACUUCGUGCUGUCCUUCGUCAAAAACAAUAGAGAAAAUGGGGCCCAAAGGCGCGAACGAGGGAAUGUUCCUCAUAGAAUUUCUGGUCGAUAAAAUUGAAAUUUCUCGCAGCUCUUGCGAUUUGCCGGACCUGGACGAAGGGAACAUUUGUGUUUCGGUCCAGUUUUUGAACAACGAACCAUUAGAAAUUUGCGACAACGAUUUCGACGAGACGCCGUCCGGUUCGCCGGCGGACAAGGAAUGUUCGAAGACGGGUAAAUCGGGUCUGUUUUUCUUAACCCCCGAACAACUGGAUCUAUGUCGACAGUGUUUUAACAUAUGCGCUUGCGUCUAUAAGAAAUCGAAACCUUGUGUGCUACCCGAUAAGGUCGUGGUCGGUUACGCCUUCGCCAAUGUCACUUUGAUGUUCAACCUUUUGCUGGACGAGGUCGAAAACGCAUGCACCCAAGGACCCGUGUCCAAGAUCAUCAAUGACAAUUACGAAAUCCUGAAUGCCUCAAACGGACUGAACAUUGGCAAAUUGGGCAUGUACGUUCGAAUGUCGUGGCUUGGGAAAUUCAUCGUGACCCAGUUCCAGAUGAAUCUCCAAGACCAAUCCGUUCUUUAUCAAGAUAAGGGAGGCGAAUCGAUUUAUAAAUACAGAAAGAGAAGCGGGUGCGAAAGGAACGGCAUGGGUCUUCCGUCUCCUCAAUUGGGCUUGCUCCCAUCGACAGCUCCUAAAGCUCCCAAUCAAUCGUCGUCCGGUAGAGUGAACUACGACGUAGAAGAAAACCCUUCCAGAAAAAGGAGACCCGGUCAACUCCGCAAGUGCAACGGAACAGCGUCGAUACCGAAUGCCAGAGGUGGUUGUACCAACAAGAACGCCAUUGUUAUGCCAAAACUUCCCGAUCCGGACAAGGAAGUGUUCGUACUUCGACUGGGAGACAAGAAAGACAGUGCCAAGAAGAAAAAGAAACUGCUGGAACUUCAACUGAAAACGCCCAAGGGACCGCCCUUCAAAGGUCCUCCCAUCAAAUGUGACAAGGAAGUCGAGUGGGACGAAGAAGCUUCUCGACAAGCCAUGGCUUUAGCUGCAGCAAUGGGAAUGACAUUCCUAAUGAGAUUUGGCAAGGGUGGCGGCGGGGGUGGAAAGAAGAAAAAGGGGGCCAAAUCUGCGGAAGAGUUAGAAAAGAUGAGAGCUUUACUGAAAGCUCAAGCAGGAGGUGCGAGUGUUGGAAUCACCGAUAAACCCCGAGCUGUGCCUUGUCCACCGCCAUGUGUACCUUGUGAUCCGUGCGACGUCAGCUGUAUGGCUUCGUGUGUGUCUACGCCUACUGCUUGCUACUCGUCUAGUUGUUGUUUUACACCAUGUUCAAGAUGUUAACUGCAGUUGUCUUAAAGCUUCAAUAAAAACUAACACAAAUA